CUGAUCAACAAGCGGCGACGAUCCGAGCAGAAACCUCUAAACUAGAGGAGCUGGAUGGAGACGUAACUCUACCAGCGUUUGCUUGACGAUCCACCAGAAGACGAGUUUAACCAGUAAAUUAAUCGUGGAAAAAGGGGAAGUAUCGGUUUGUUGGGAUGAAUGGAGCACAUACAGGCUCUCCGCUGUGAGACAGAGUGGAUUUCCUGAGCAGCAGGUGUACUCUCGGAUACAACGGACCCGCGUUCAUGAGACUGCGCUACGAUCUUCGUGCUGGGUGAGGAAACUCGCUUUCUUCAUGUGAUGAGUUUGUUUAGGAGCAAUGUAUCAAAUACCAGGACUCUUUCUGUAUACUGGGAGUCAUCUUAACCCUCCUGUUCUCCUCAAAUAUUACGAACACAUUUUACCCUUGGGUAAAUUUGCCUCCAGAGAAUGAUUUAUAAGCAUUUGUUGACCAAGGUUUUUUGUCAGGAACUUUGUUUAUUUGUUAAGUACAUAAAUUAGUCCUUAAAAAUGAACUUGUAGGUGAGUUGACCUGUUCUCUAGCGCCACCAAUAGGCUUAACCUUUAAAGUACAAUCAAUGUGUCUUCAAAAGUUUUCGAACAAACCUCAAAUUUACUGACAAUAGUGUUGUGUCGUUCGCGAACGAUUCGUUCAAAAGAACCGAAUCGUUUAAGUGAACGUACUGAAUCGAAUCACUUCCUCAAGGGAUUUAUUCGUUUCUUACUUAAGUUGAGCUUAAAUGAGUGUGCAGGACAUGGAGAAAAAGUUAUAUUUUUUUAUUUGCCACCAGUGAUGCUUGUAUUCUCUUGUGAAAAACAGACUAAGUCUGCAAUCACAGGCAAAGCUGGAAGCUAUCUUACCAUGGGCUCUGAGACCUCAGGAACAAUACUCCACUGGAUCCUCCAACCUCUGAAGAACAGGAAAAAUCUUAACUGAAUGAACUGUAGUGUUGUGUCAUUCACGAAUGAUUCGUUCAAAAGAACCAAAUCUUUUAAGUGAACCUACUGGACCGAAUCACUUCCUUGAGUGAUUCGUUCGUUUCUUACUUCAGUUGAGCUUAAGUGAGAAACAGCAUUGCCAGGCCAGCAGCCAGCGGACAAGGGACCUCAUGCACUGAUGUCUGAAUCCUUUAGUGAACGAAUCACGCAUUGAACUACACUCUGGAAUCAUAAUGAAAACGUUUAUGAAUGGAUGUGUAUCGUUAGUGAUAUCAGUAAAACGCCAAUGAUACCCAUACGCAGUGUUUUCUCUCGCUGAUCAUUCUCCAUGUGUCUUUGGUCCCAACAGAGUAGCCGUCCACCAUGUGAAGAUAAAGCCCAAGUGUGCGGCGUUAACCAUGCUAAAGCGCCUGGACAAGAUCCGCUUUCGAGGCCACAGGGCGAGGGAUGACUUCCCAGAACUGGCAGAGUCACCACCUGCCUCUGACAAUGAAUGCAUGGACGACACGCAGCUGAGGCCCGGGUCAGCCCUGCAGGACACAGAGGACCCUGUGAGUGCUCACAAUACAGUGUUACAGUAUAUGUGUGUGUGACUUCAGUUUGACCUGUGGCUUCAGCAACUUCAUGUUCACGGUUUUAUGAUUCGCCUUGUGUUGCUUUUGUCAGUGGAGGCAUGUGAUGGAUAAGCAGACAAGAGCUGACUUAGUAAGACUUGAUAAAGUGAGAUAACUGUAAUAAUCAGCUGAUCGGUGUUGAUAUCAGGGAGGUUUUUACAGAGAGGUGACACUGACUGCAUGGUUGGAUAACACUAUUGUGAGCUUGAGUCAUGUACUGUCCUUGAAAAAGAGCUUUGUGUUCCUGCCCUCUAUCUUCACUGCCCUAGCUGUAUUUUCUUUUCUUUCCAUCUCUGCUUCAUGUGCCGGUCUCUUUUUUUCUUUGGCCUCUUUCUGAAAGCACAUUUUUUCAUGUCAGCGUCAGCCCUCUUAUUUCUCCCACUCCUUACUUCCGUCUCUUCUCUACCUCUCUGUGCAUCACCCGUCACAGUCCACACAUGCUGUUUUACUGUCAGGGAGAAGCUGCUGCAGCAUGUGUGUGUGUAUAGAAGAGUGUAGCAGGAGUCUUUUAAAGGACCCUUGCUCUAUUUCAGCAGCUGUGCUAAACCCCGCAGUGCUCGUCUGCUCUCUGCUUCCCCCUCCUGCUCCUUCUUCUCCUCUGCCUCCACCAACAACUUCCCCAUUUACUCAGCACAUUUGUGCUUCAUCCCUCUGCUCUUGCAUCAUCUCAGUUAUUAUCUCUCAGUAUGUGUACUUGCACACGUUCUGCUGCUAGCUGCGUGUGUUAUAGCUCUUAGUCAGGGGGUAUGACUCAGUGUACUCGUCACUAGAGGGGGAUUCUCCUCUUUUUUGCCUUCCUUUCCCCAUCUUGCUCAGACUGGACUUAAAUUGGAAGAGGUGCAUUACCGUAAGUCAUGGUGCAAUGCUCAUCUUUUGGUACUUUGGAUCUACUCAUAGAACUAAUACAUUUUUAAUUAUAUUCUCUUGCAGCUUUUGUAUGAUUUAUUUACUCUAAAUUCUAACGUGUCUUUUCCCUGUCUGUGAUUGUGGAUGCAAAUGUUUGUGUGACUGUGUGGGUUUGUGCAUGGAUACAUAUGAAUGGGAUGUAUAUGUUUACGUACAGGCAGGUUCAGGGUCUCCGAUCAUGGCUGCAGCCAUCCAGGACUUCCAGAGGCCGGAUGUAGAAAGACUCCAUGAAGUCAAAGGUCACCUGGAAAUCGCUCUGUUGGAGAAACACUUCCUACGUGAGUGUCUGCAUUCACGUGUUCAUACACUCACAACAUCAGGCAUGGACUAUAUCACAGAGUCUGGGCUCAGUGCACAUCAAUGUGUGAAUGAAUGUAGUGUGAAUGUCAGCCUUGGAACAUCCAGAUCACGUGCCCGAGCCAGCGCAGUCGGUGCUGGGUGAUCAUGGCCUCAAUACUCCUGCAGUUGGUCUUGGCAAGUAUUUCAGUCUGAGGCACAUGAUCACGCCAGGUGAGGCCCAGGAUCCGCUGGAGGCAUCCAAUAUGGAGGCGCUCCAGGGCCGUGAUGUGUCGGCUGUAUGUGUGUAGAGGAGGGUGGUGAUGCAGACAGCCUGGUAGAUGAAGGUUGUUGUUCUGGAAGACCCGGUGCGGUAGUCUACCGAAAGCAGCUGAUGCCUGCUUGAUCCGGUUUUGGAUUUCACUGUCAAUGCUGCAGUCCUCGGAGAGAAUACUGCCCAGGUGUUUGAACGAUGGGGUUAUUGUUAGUGGUGUGUUGUCGAUGGUGAAGACGGGCAGUGUGUGUGGUGUACUGGAGCUCCAUUGACAGACUCCAUACACAGUGACAUACAGUAAGAACAAUCUAAAAGUCAAACAUGAUAAAAACAACAACACAAUAAAAGAAACAACAUACAUUUACACAAGAUCACUAAAAAUAAUGUUCAGUCCAGAGCCAAUACCAAAUCUGGAAAGGAUAGCUGCCUUAUUAAACUGUGAAAAGUGUGAAAUAUGGAUGUGCAAAAAUGCAACAAACAGUGCAAAGAAAAACAUGGGCAACCUAAGGCCUAGUCGCCAUUCAGUAAAUGAAUCACUCUAGGGAUAAAUGAGAUCUGAAAUCUCUUAGUCGUCCUCGUAGGAGCCCGAUAAGGACGGCCUGAUGGCAAAAGCUGGAAUUAAUAGAGCAAAGGGUGGUCAGGACAAUCCAGAAUUACAUUAGCCUUCCUCAUGACCUGUCUGUUAUAGAUGAACAUAAUCCCUGUCUGCUGACUUCCAGAAAUUUUUCCUGCCGUUUUAACAAGGAUUCUUGUCGGACCAGUUAAGGUUCCCAAACCAUGCGGCUAUACAACAAGCUAAAACAGAUUUAAUGAAACUUUUAUAAAAGAGAGUCAUCAUCUCAGAAGAAAAAUAAUCACUUUACUGUGAUCUGUUUCUACUUGAUAGAAAUGCUUCCGGUUUCGUUGUCCAUGCCCAAUGACAACAAAGAAAUUCUAUACGUUUUCAACAGUUUGCUGUUAGGUAAAGUUAAUACGAUUAGCGGGGUGAAACAAAGAUUCCUUGUAGCAAGAGAUUAUAGGUUAUGUAAUUGCAUUGCUAAGGCAUAGUUAAUGUAGAAAAACUCCAACAACAUGCCAUAUUAUGUGACCGCGGAUGCUGAGGGCACACUCCAGUCAUCUGAGGCCAGGCAUUGAUAUGGAACCGGAAGAAACCCAGGGCCCACUGGACCAGAUCUGGGGAUCUCAUCCUGCUAUCUGACAGCAGUCAGGGUAGCAGGUGGAGGUCUAUGCAUCCCUCCUUAGACCACUGCUACUGCCAAACUGACAGUCCACCGAAGCAUGUAGAAAGGCAGGAAGCCCUAACCGCUCAGAAUAACUGAUGCAUGCACAUAACUCUUUUGACAGAAGUGGUGCUGACUGAAGUGGACUUUCCUCAGACAAUCAAAUGUCUCUGAACUUUGAGUGUCCCCUGUUCUCCACCCAGUCUUGUACCUUGUCCAUAACUCUUCAUCUGAGGGUUCAGGACUAAUCAUUUUUCUGUGCGCAGUUCCUCCGUUGUUUUCUUUCUUUGUUUCUGCGUAAGUCAACCAGGGGGACAAUCACAGACUAACGUGAUGCUGACCUCACUCUACUGUUCUCUCUGUCUUGUUUAUGCACCCCCCCCUCCAUUACCCUUGCCAAUCUCAGAUCUCAGAUGAAAGGAGCCAUUGUCUGUGGCCUGGAUUUCAAACUUCACACAGUACUCUCUCUCUGAGUUCUUAAAUGAUUUUCUGCUCGGGUGAAAAGGUUCAAGUAGAUUUGUACUGUACUCAUGUACACAUGCUAAUGCACAAACUCUUCACUAAGUGUAACAUACCAAGCGCAGAGGACAUGGUUAUCGAAAAGAACCCAUCAAGUUACACAAACAGGCAUUUUGUUUAUGUACCUUAGACCUCUUGUAUGCUCAGAACUUAGAUCUCCUGUAAUCCCAGAUUCCAGACCCUCUUAGUCCACCAGCCACUCAGCAAAGCUCCUCCUCUCUCAACCUCUACUGUUUCUUUUUCUAAAACUCCAACACUCUAAUACCAAGUCUGAUCGCUGACCUUUCUCUGAGCGAGUGAAGACCAAAACAGUCUUUCGGUUUGACAGAUAGCCUCCGCCUUACCUCUGGAUCGGAUAUGUAAACCAGUAAAUACCUCAAAGUUUGACGGGCUCCUUGAGGUCGAUGGAUAGUUAAAGUUGGUGAUCAAUCUGGACUGUACCAGGGAUACUUGUGCCAUGGCUCAAAUGCAAGAAAGACCCAAGUCAGCCACUCUCCCAUCCCGUUCUUGUUCGAGUUUCCCAAAGACGGAUCAACUUCAGAAACGAGCGGGAUCAUGCAAGGUGGGCGACUGCACCUUUGACAGCUUUGAGCUGCUUUACAGCGGAGGCGUCAACAAGAUAAAGAGCCAUAAAAGCAACCUCAAUCUCAGUAAGUUUCACUAAAAUCAGGAAGUGACUGUAGACUUGGUUUGCAAACAGCUUUGAAACUGAAUCUUCAUUUUUCAGAGCUUGUAGAUGAGUGCUGUGUGCUCCACAUUGAACGCCAACCCUCCUCAGAUAUUCAACUCUUUCUCCCAUCCUACUUUGAUGUCUCCAGCUUUAUUCUCUUUCUGCUUCUGAAAACCCUGAUCCAGCCUGGAGAUGAUUUUCUUUCUGUUUUGUUGAUAUUUCAUCUAUAAAACAUCUAUCACACCUUUAUUAUCUCUGGUUUGAUUUCUUUCAAAUAUCAGUAAAAAUCUGUGCAGCAUGAAUUCCUUCUGCAGUUCUCCAAAAUUCUUCAUUAUGAGUUAAUGUACAGACCCCUGUAAUCCCUUAAUCCCUCCACUGUUUGAAUCCAGGAUCACUGGCCCCAGGUUUGAAUGUGGUGUCCAGAACAGGCCAGUUUACCAUCUAAUAUCCCCCUCUAUGUUAUUUAGGGUCUGAUUACUCCCAGAUUUGAUCUUGUUUGUCUCUUAUUUCUCGGUGAGGAGAACAUUUUAAAGACAAGAUUUGAGUCUUUUUUUAAUGUUAAAUUUAUAAUCUGAGUGUUGGCCAAAAUCCUCUAGUCAGGUGACCUCUAACUUUAAUCCUGGUUGCAGUUUCUUGGAAUGAGGCUGCUCGUAACCCUGAAUGUUUAAUUUGAGUCAUUUUUGUCGUAUUAGUUUGUACCAAAGUUUGAGAUUCUGAUCCUCGAGUGCUUGUGUUCUGAUUUCUUUAGAGGAGGAGCUGAGGAAGCUGCGAGAAGAGACCAAUGUGGACUUUUUGCGGCAGGAGUUAGAGAGAGAGCGAUGCAAGAGGAUCGACCUGGAGCAGAAGAUAAACGAAGUGCUGAAGACACGGUAAGACAUAACGGAGUAUGGAGUAUAACUAACUAACUUCUUUUGACAAAAGUAGUCCUGAAGAUUGAGGUUUGUCCUGUAACCUGCUGCACAUCUUUAUUUUGAGGUGUGUAAAAAGUUCUGUUGAAGAUCUGUUGAAACUGUUUGUUUUUCUGAGAUAUUCUGCUGCAUUUUUAGGGGGUUAUUUGCACAAAGGCUCUAUCCAGUAAGAUUAAACUUUGUUUUAGGGGACAAGGUUUUAGGGAUUAGAUGUUAAACCCAUGGAGUUCAGGUUCAAUAAUGUCAAACAGUGUUUAUUAUAAAGAUGACAAACUAUACUUUCUUUGUCGACUUCUUCCCCUCUUAGACUGGAGGACUCUCCGCCACAGCCUCCCCGGAAACAGCAGUCACCUUCAAACAACGGAGCAGGUACGUGUCCCAGAGGAAGACAGAGUGUAUGAGAGAAGAGAGGUGCUGCGUUAAUGUCUGAAAGAGGAAGAGGGAAGACUUAAGUGUAGUAAAACACUGUUAACAGGUAUCUUUUACUGUCUUUAGCAGAGAAACAACCGAAGGAGAUUUGGAGUUCACGGCUGCAGAAGUGGCUUCACGAACAAUUAGGAGCGUACGUUGAAGACUUCCGAUUCACGCCGGAGGAAAACACGGUAGAGGCAGAGGAACCACUAAGCGCUAAAAGGUGGGUAAGAGGUGGAGUCAAAAUAAGGAGCUUUCACUUAAAAAACCUGAAUGAUAAAUAAUCAUCAGAAUUAGUCAUCAAAACUGACAUAUGCAGCAGUCUCUGUCGGUGACUCAGUGUGUCUCUAACGCUCCAGUUGCAAAACCAGCUUGAUCCGGUUUAAAUAAAGAAGGUUUGAUGCCUCUUCAUAGAUUUCUGAAGGCUAGUGAGUCACUCCUGAAGAUUUGCCAUCUCUUGUAGCGCAUGUAGAGCAGCUUUUCUCUGUGUGUGCCAGUACAUGCUCCUGAUCCUCUCAUACUGUAUUUUUUAUCCAGGUUAACAGAAAAUACAAGGCGACUGAGUGAGUAUUCAAAUGCAUACAAAAAAAACACCGAAAAGUGCAGUUAGAUUCUUAUUCACAUUGAUUUUUGGGAACAGUUGCCAUGACGAAACACUGCCAUGCUUCAGAGCAAACGUGGAUGUUUUACAUGUCUCUGUACUCUUGUUUCUGUGCACGAUUUCCACUUGGAUAACUCAAACUUUUACGUAUCUAAAUGCACUCAAAGUACAAUUUGGCCACCCAGAUAACCACCCUGAAUAACAUGCUGUACUUUUCUUUUUUACAAGAGCGGGGAGCCCAGCCUGUCACCACCUUCUUAAAGAACCUCUCUGCCUUAUCGAACUGGCACUCCGUCUAUACCUCAGCGAUUGCUUUUAUUGUGAGUACUGCAUUUAUUUGGCUAGAGCAGCAUCCAAUCACAAAAAAGACAAACUUCCUCAGGUACUAAACUGCAAAGUAACACAUCUUUAAGUCCUUAAUAUAACACUGCAGUAAGUAAAAAUGUGGCUGUGUCUCCUCUUGCUUCCAGGUCUACAUGAAUGCUGCUUGGCAUGGCUGGGCCAUCCCCAUGUUCCUGUUUCUGGCAAUUCUGCGCUUGUCUUUGAAUUACCUCAUAUCCAGGUAAACACAUGUUCUCACAUCUGUCUUAAACACAUUGUGAUAAUAACAAACCUUAUCAAACAUGUGCGUCAUUGCUGAACAGCUGCAUUCUCUGGCUCUAAAUCAGACCCAUACAGUGAAAAGCAUCUGCCUGGACUCAAAUCUGGGCCGCCCACUUUGGGACAGAAACUCAUGGGUACUUGAUUAGAGCCUGAGGCUAGCAGCAUCCUUAUAACCUGAUAAUCUGGUAUGUGAAAAUCAUUUAAAGCUGGAGAGAAGUUUGAUUGCCCAGAUGUCAAAGAUUGAAGGUGAUAUCUGGCAGGUCAUUUUGUAAUCUAGGCUUUUAAUAUGGGUAACCGUAUAGUCCUCAGUGUGAUUGAUCAGUUCAUUAGUGAUGGGCACGGCAGUUCUUUUAGAUCUACUGAAUCAGUUCACUAAAAAGAUUUGUUCACCAAAUCACCGAAUCAUGUAGCGCUUGUUGGGAGAAGCCUGUGAUUCACAGCUGAACGUUUCAGGAUUCAAUUCAAUUCAUAGCUUCUGGGACCAGGAGACGAGAGUGUUUGUCUGUGUUGCUUUGGCAAACAGGUUUGUAAAUUGCUCGGUAAAUUGGGCUCAGUGAGUGAUUCGUUCACUGAACAUUUAGAAGAAUCCAAAAUGAACAUACACCGUUCCCUCGCAAACUGCUGCAAUGAUAGGAUGCUGCGGGUUUAAUGCACUACUUGUUACAUACUGUGUCCUAUUGUAUGCAAGUUGUUGUGGUGGCAAUUUUAGCGGUAAAAAAAAAGGUAGUUUUGUCCGACAAAAAUGAUUCCAGAGUGUGUAGUUCAAUGCGUGAUUCGUUCAUCAAGUGAUUCAGGUGUCGGUGCAUACGGUCCCUUGUUUGCCGGCUGCUCGACUGGCAAUGCUGUUUCUCACUUCAGCUCAACUGAAGUGAGAAAUGAACGAAUCACUUGAGGAAGUGAUUCGGUUCGGUACGUUCACUUAAAAGAUUUGGUUCUUUUGGACGAAUCGUUCGUGAACGACACAACACUACAGUUCAUUCAGUUAAGCUCUUUCCUUUUCUCCAGAGGUUGGAGGAUCCAGUGGAGUAUUGUUCCUGAGGUCUCAGAGCCCAUGGUAAGAUAGCUUCCAACUCUGCCUGUGAUUGCAGACUUAGCAUGUUUUUCACGAGAAAAUACAAGCAUCACUGGAGGCAAAUAAAAAACUAUAAAUAUAUAUAUUUUUCCAUGUCUUGAGCAGGAGCCUCCAAAAGAAGACCUCACCGUGUCUGAAAAGUUCCAGCUUGUACUGGAUGUCGCACAAAAAGCUCAGGUACACCUCUGCUCAUGUCAAAACAAUGUGGGAAGAUACUGAAACUGUAAAAGUUCUGAAGUUGCUGAAAUUUAUUUUAACAGAACCUGUUUGGGAAAUUGUCAGAUGUUCUGGAAAAGAUAAAGAAGUACGUGCAACUAGUUUAGAUCCGGGGAGUAACAAUAAUAAUAAUAAUAAAGUUUUUUUAAUAUUUAAGACAGACUGACUUAUUUCAUUUCCUUUGUGUCUUUUCUCUGUGGAUGUUUCUGGGUCGGUCUCACAGCCUCUUCAUGUGGGUGCAGCCAGAAAGCACCAGGAAGCUUUACAUCUGCCUCUGGGUAGCUUUCAUCACCUCCUGUGUCAUGCCUUACAAACUAAUCGGCUCUAUGAUGGGUGAGAAACCUAAACGCACACAGACAAAUCUCUUUAUCCUUUUCACGUACUCUAAAUACACCCUAACCCAAAAGACCAAAACAAACGCGACAGCAGAAACACUGUUUAUCAGAGUCGAGUGUAAAACCUCUGCAGGAGUUUAAAGCAUGUCAAAUCAAAGCUUUUCAGUGGAAGUGGUCUAGGUCUGUUCGGGUGCUAAGCAACACAGCUCUAUUCUUGGUGGGACAUUGAUAAGAGGUGAUCCUUGAAGUCCUCCAGAAGCUAUGCCAGGAAAUGUCCUCUUCUUCUUUUGUAAAAAAAUACAUGCUUUCUCUGCUCGUACAGGAGUUUACGCAGGUAUCAAGUUCUUCAUCGUUGACUUCCUGUUCAAGAGCUGUCCUAAGCUGAGGGACAAGUACGACACACCUUACAUGGUGUGGAACACCCUUCCUACGGACCCUCAGCUCAAAGAGAGGACCAACGCCGCGAUGUCCCGAAGGGUGAGGAGGCCAAAACAUUCAAACGCACAUCUAUUUAUAGUAGCUCCUUGAUGAACCUUCUCUUAUUGGCUCUGGUCAUCAGUGUUUGUAGACAGAAUGGAUCGACUGUUAAAGAAAUCGCUGUGGAGACUCCAGUCAAAGUAACAUGGGACCCCUUCUCUGCGUCUCUCCAGGUUCAGCCAGCGGUUUCUCGCAGCAGCCUUCCGGCAGUCUCAUGUGGUUUAACUAAAGAGGAUGAAACGAACCGCACCCACAGCACCAAAAAAGGCGCCUUCCAUGAGAUCUUUAACCUGCAGGAGACAGAGCGCCCUCUCGCCGGUGAGGAUAAUAAAUGAACCAUAUAAAUAAAAACUGGUUUACAGUUUUGGUAUGUGUCUUUAAAGCGUGUCCUCUCCUUUGUGUUUCUAGUUUGUGAGAAUGGAUGGAGAUGUUGUCUCAUAAACAGAGACAGGAAGAUGCCCACAGACUACAUCAGGAACGGUGUGCUCUACGUCACAGAGAAGUAAGCUGGACGAGGGAGAGGGUAACAGCUUUGAAUAUUGGGUUGUGUGGGGAAAAACUAAGAGUAACAAAUAACCCCGUCCUUGCUUUGCUAAUUCUAUAUCAGAAAACAGUCACAGUUUUUUUAUUUCUCUCCAUCAGUCACUUGUGCUUCGAGGGCUCCAGCUCCAAAUCGAGCUCUUCAAAGAAAAAUAAAGUUAUCAAGCUUUUGGACAUCACCGACAUCCAGAAGGUAUUUCCUUUUGAGCAGAAACUAUUUGAGGAGUUGAGGGGCCGUUAAAGUCGAACGCUAACUGGCCUGCUUAAUUGUAUGGCGUUGAUUGUCAAUGAUGAUCCUGCUUUUUUCUUUCCCCUCUAGUACAAAGUGCUGUCAGUCCUACCAGGAAGUGGUAUGGGCAUCUCUAUAGCCACGCCCUCCACUCAGAAGGUACAGUAUGGGGAUACUGCUGACAUACCACGGUUGAGAUGCGUUGCAUUUAGGGUGGUCAAAACAAUGUGUCUGUAUUUAGUAUGAGUCUUAAAGGUACAGUAUGUAGAAUAAGACGGCAUCAUGUGACUAAUUGUUGGCCAACUCUUAGUAUUGUAUAGUUUGUUGAAGGAUAAAGAGUCAUUUUACUGACAGAGAAAAAGACAAACGAUGAGUUAUGCCAUCGCCUGACUCAUGUUUUAGAUUUUUUGACUAAAACUGUUCACGUUCUACUCGAUCGUUGUUGAAUUUUACAAUCCAAAAAACUUCUAUCAUUACAAAUUAAUUUGCCCACAACAACAACUUUGGGAAAAUGCUGCUAAAUUCUACACAAUGUACCUUGAAUGUUGUAUGUAACUCUGCAAAAUCAAAAAUAUUCCCACCUUCUGUGUGAAAUCUAAAAUACUCUACCCAUUUUAAUUACUAUACACUGCACCUUUAAAAAUCCUUCUUACUGUUGAUAUUAAUAACCAAUCGUUUCUGUUUCCUUCAGCCAUUGGUGUUUGGUGCUAUGAUCCACAGAGAUGAGGCUUUUGAGGCCAUCUUUACCCAGUACAUGAAGAUCAUGACCACCCCCAAACCACCUGCUAGUGCAGAGCUCUAAGCAGUCUGCAUUCCGUCGUCAGAUUUACAUCCUGGGGGUCAAGAGACUGGAAGAUGCUGUUACAAAUCAGCGCCACCUUUGGUCAGCUUUUAUUGGUGGAUACUGUAAGUGCUUUGGUCAUAUUGGAGGGGAAAUGUAGAUGGUAGUUUGAAUUGAUUCACCAGACUCUUAAACUGUUUUGGAGCUGAUGUUGGAAAUGACAUCUUAACGGAGGGCCACUUCAAAAUUUUAAUACAACAAAGAAAAAACAUGCUUUUUAUUUUCUGCAUUAUUAUUUUUGUGAUACUGAACCAAAAAUUCAAACAUCCGCUUGUGUGCAGUUUUAUAUGUUUCUAAGUCCAAGAGCGAAUCUUUCAGUAGUUAUCAAACUGUUCUGAGUUCAGUCCAAUGACACUUGAGAUCAUGAACCUUUCCUUGGAUUAAAGGUGGUGCAUCCACAAAACCUAAAAUUACUAACAUCAGCUCUUCUCUUCCACCUGACGGGUCAGCUGACUUGUUUUUGUUUGUUCCUGGAUUGCUCUGUUUUUGACUUCUAUACUGUAUUAGAAGAUCUUAUGUGCUUAUCCGAGCUAGAACCACAAACUAAUAAAACUUAACAAGGUCUUAAAAACUGUCAGAGAAGAACAAAUACAUCAAUUUUUAAAUUAUGAUGGCAAAGAGAAAUGUUUAAGUUCAUCCCACUGACUUUAGAUGGUCAAAUGUAUCAUUUUUUUCUGAGUAUUUUAUGUAAAAAAAAAAAAAAAAAAUUAUUUAAAAAAGACUUUAGCUCUUAGGUGAUGUCCCUGCAGGUCUUGUUUGAUAUUGGAUAUCUUUAAGGGGCAUCAAUGUGAAUUUCAGUCUAUUUCAUGAACAUUUGGAACUCCUUACAGAAGCUUUGACUAAUGCUGCGUUCGAGUUGACUUGGAAGUCAAAUGUCCGAGCUGGGAAUGACGUCACACCUGAGUUACCAGUGUUUCCAAGUUACCAAGUCGAAAAAAAGCAAAAUCAGAGGCGGAAACAAGAUGGCUACAUCUUCGAAAGAGGAUGCUAAAAUAACUAAAAUAACAAGUGCUAAAAUAACCUUAUUAACUUGCGUGCAGCAUAUGUUUUGUUUCCCAUACGUUUAUUGAAAUUUAGUAGUAGCCAUGGUUACUAAACUUUAAAUGUCUGAUUGAUGUUUAUAGCAGGCAUAUAAACUAUCAAGUUUCUAAACAGAUAUUGUCUAAUGAGGAAAAAAACAUGUGCCAAUUAGUCUUACUGUAACACUUAAAAAGACUUAUUUAUGUUUAUAAGCAUCUUAAAAGGUCUUAAAUGAAAUAAAUGCCUUUAAAAUGAUCAGAAAAAAUGCAACAAGUCGCAUUAUAAAAACACAAAUUCACUUUCCUGUUCAUGGAGCAAAGUUGAACUCAACUAUGUCACAGUUUGACAAAUGACUCAGGGUUUGUUCAUGAAUAUAAAGAAAUUGUAAAUUAUAUCGUGGAAAGAGAGGGUGGACGUGAACGGUGAGGUAGCUCGGCUCUGUUUAAGUUAACAUUCAGUUAGAGAAACCCUGAGUUUCAAGAGCAUUAUAUUGUGUAUUCAUGUCAUCCAGUCAUCACAUAUUAUUGUAAUUUACCUGGGUACACACUGCAGGUUGUAAAGAGACACUCAGUCCUGUCUUUUAAAAAAGAUGUAUGCAUAUUUUUCCCAUUUGAACCCCUUACAUCAUCGUCUUUUAUUUGUUCAUUUAAAAUCAGUGCAACAACAAAUACUUAUCAACUGUGCGUUGAAUCACAGCAUCACAGUUAGUGUUCGCUAAUCUGUAGAUAAAGAUGAAGACCGGACUAUUUUCAGAUUGAGAUUACUUUCAAACGUGCUUUACUUAAACGUGCUAUAAGCAAGAAUAAAGCUGGUCUUUACUCCUGCAGAAGAGUUUCUCUGCCAUGUGCGUGGGUAAAUCUUGGUGAAUGAAUAAAGAUAUGUUACGAGUAAUAAGGGAUUUCUCUUCAGAUGUUGUUACGAAGGGACACGGUAGAGACGCUUUCUUGAACUCCUAUUUUCUAUGAACUCAGCAGCACAAGCUUAGGUUGUUUUUGCACAUUUUACACCGUCAAUAGUAAAACAUAUUGAUAUUACUGAUAUGACUUUAUAGGUUUACCUUCUGUAUAAAUGUCCUAGUUUAUCUUUCACACUUUAAAGGUUUUUCAUCUUUCCCUCUUUGAUACACAUGACUGGAUAUGAAACUUUCGUAAAAGAAAAUGGACCAGUUUUAACAAGCGUACUAUCAUUUCUUUCAAUUUUGUUUUAUUAUUUAUUUCUGUUUUGUUUAUCCUGACAGGAUUUGGUCAAACUUGUCUCUUGUCUAUUCCCUAUAAGGUUUUAGAAAGAAGAUGAUGUUGCAGAGAUUAUUGAUUUGUCACUUUGUAGUUGGACGGCUUCAUGUGGUCUUUCAGCUUUUACCUGAGUUAACUCUAAAAUGAGCUCUUCGGGGUCCUCUGAUAAGGUACUGAGAUAAAGCACAGAAUUCAACAUGUAAUUUUCUGUUGUUCUUGUUUUUCUUUUGCCAAAUCAUUCUUAUUCGACUGCCAUAUUUUGACUAUAAUCAUGUUUACAGGAGUAGAAUUUAUAGUUUGAUCUAUUAUUUAUAACUUUUUGUCAUUCUUCCUGAUAAUCCAGUUUUUUAGUUUAUCUACACGCAGUCAGGUUUUAGUUUUCGCUUAUUUUUGGUCAUUUGGUUGUGACUUCCUCUUUUCUCGCUGUCUUUUUGUCAAAAAGGAGUUUGUUUACAUGUGAUUGACAUGUAUAGUUCAUAAAAAUACAGAUUUUUAAAAAAUAAA